AUGUGGAAGGUAGCCAAGCGACGAUGUGUGGCCUUCGAUUGUGUCACGCUUCCCCAUCUUCCUUUGUUAGGGGAGCCUCGAAUUCAGCCAGACGUGCGAGAACCAGAUGCCACCACAUCUUCACCAGCAUUAGAACCGACGAGCCGAAGCACCACGAGCAAGUCUCCCAGCCCAGUUUCGCGCCCUCCAGCAAUCCCUCUCACAAACCCGCUACCAUGCCCCACAACUAGCGAUCUCCCAGUUCUCUCAUGUCCCUUAACGCGUUUCAAGCGGCAGCGGCCACCGACUAUAGAUAUCCCGCGUAAGGGCUGCUUCACAUCGUCACCGGCCGGCACGCCGGAUUCAGCGGCGGAGGAUGCGCUGGACGGCGUGGUGGAGGUGGCGGAGAGCGGCGCAUGCUUCGCGGUGGCGUGCAAGCGCGGGAGGAAGGCGGUUAUGGAGGACACGUACCAGGCGCUCAUGGGGUUCGCAGGCCGCGAGAGCGAUGCGUUCUUCGGGGUGUUCGACGGGCACGGCGGCACGGCAGCCGCCAAGUUCGCAGCGGCAGAGCUGGCGGGCCACGUGGCGCAGGCAGCCGCGCGCAGAGGCGUGAACGCCAGUGCGGCUGCGCUGGUGGAGGGCUACCUGGAGACGGACAAGCGCUUCCUGGACCAGAACGUCGCCAGUGGCACCAGCUGUCUCACCUGCUGGGCCACGCCUGGGCGGCUUCUUCUGGCGCAUGCAGGUGACUGCAAGGCGGUGCUGGUGAAGGGGGGGAGAGCGGUGGCGCUGACAGAAGACCACCGGGCGAGCAGGGAGGACGAGCAGGCCCGCAUCACCGCUCUGGGUGGCUUCGUAGACACGGCCACGGGCAUGCCCCGCGUGCAGGGCAUUUUGGCAGUGACGAGGGGCAUAGGCGAUGCGCACCUGAAGGCGUUCAUCACGCCACAGCCGGACGUGGCGCAGGUGCGCGUGGGGGCGGACUGCAGCGCCCUCAUCCUCGCAUCAGAUGGGCUCUGGGAUGUUGUGGCACUGCAAGAAGGCGCUGACGUGGUCAUGGCUUGUGUUGGGGCAGCAUUGGAGGCACGGGCAGCAGCGGGGGAGGCGAAGGCAGCAGAGAGGGAGGCGGGAUCAGGAGGUUCUGCACUGCUGGGUCCGCCUGCCUCUCCCCCGUGCAAACGGCUGCGAACACAGCACACACACGGCUGGUCGGCUGAGCCAUGGCAGGAGAGGGAGAGGGAGAGGGAAAGGGACAGGGAGAGGGAGAGGGAUUGCAGGAACCUGUUCAGCAGUCCACUAGGCACACCUCCCUGCACACCACGCUCGCACACGACAGCCACUACCCCUCCUUGCACCCCCCGUUCCCGUGCCUCCUCCACCCCACCUUGUAUGCCCCGCCCGCGAAUCCCCACCACCUCCACUCCCACCACCACCACCGCCGCCACCACCGCCACCGCCACCGCCACCACCACGGCCACCACCACCACCACUGCCACCACCACCACCACUGCCACCACCACCACUCCACCCAAGCCCCGCCGCCUCUUCUCUCCUCAUUCCCUAACCCGCCCUCCCUUCACACCUCCGUGGCUCGAUGCCUCUUCCGAAACUGCGGUGUGUGUGAGGCCAAACGCUGUAGCAUGGACUCAACAAGAGGAUGUAGCAACUGAGGGCCCACCUGCUGUGGCAGAAAUACAGCAAGGGGGUGUACUAGCAGCAAGGGAAGGAUCUAGUCCCAGCGAGUUGGGAAGAGGGGAUUGCAGUGGAGGUGGGGGUAAUGGGAAGGGAAGGAGUGGGGGGGUGGGAAGAGGGGUGGAUGGAGAGGUGCUGCUGAGUGCAUGCCAGACAUUGGUUGGCAUGGCAGCAGCACGGGGAAGUAGGGACGAUAUAACAGUCAUGGUAGUGUCUCUUGUACCCUUUGCUGAGUCAGCAGCAUCUUAG